AAUGAAAGGAAGAUGGCUACCAGUGUAACUCCUCUUGCUUCUCCUUUGGGAUAUUGAAGCUAAGGAGUCUUCUGGUGGAUCGAGUACUUCAAACAAAAACUUAUAUGCUUGUUCAUCAGCAGCAAUGAAUGAAACGCUUGAGGACUCUUCAGCUUCCAGCUCUGAGGAAUCCUGCUUUGAUGAUGAUGAUGGUGACAAACUACCUGACAGUAGACCAAGCCACGACAGUGACGGCUUUGCCAACGUCAACAGUCAGUUGGAUUUCAGAGACAGUUCACCUUUGACUGAGUGUGAUUCUUCUCAAGAGACAGCAGGGUCCUCUAUGCAGCAACCAGACAAUGAUUCAUGCAGCCAGCAGGAGGAUGAGGAUGCUUUGAACUCAGAUGAGCACAGCUUGGAUGAAGUCUACAAACCAGAUAAGGCUGCUUUGAGUUCUGAUGAACAUGGCUCAGAUGAAAACUACAAACCAGAUAAGGCUGCUUUGAGUUCUGAUGAACAUGGCUCAGAUGAAGACUACAAACCAGAUAAGGCUGCUUUGAGUUCUGAUGAACAUGGCUCAGAUGAAGACUACAAACCAGAUAAGGCUGCUUUGAGUUCUGAUGAACAUGGCUCAGAUGAAGACUACACACCCAGUGGGGAUAUAAAGAAGUCCAAAAACCCAUCUUACACCAAAAAAAAUUAUUGUUAUGUUUGUGGGAAAGGUAUGUCCAAAAUUGCUCGUCAUCUUUUAAGGCAUGCUGAUGAAGAACCUGAUAUCGCUGAGGCCUUUGCAUUGCGCAAAAACUCCAAGGAACGAAAAAGGUUACUCAACAAUUUACGAAACAGAGGAAAUUACAAACAUAAUCAAGAGGUGCUGAGGAAUAACAGUGGAGAGUUAAAGCUGCGAAGACGAGCGACAAGCGUGGCAACAAGUGCUAAAACAUAUGUGCACUGUCUGUAUUGUAAAGGCAUGUUUAAACGCAUAAACAUGUGGAGGCAUGUGGCCAGAUGCACUUCCAGGAAAAUGUUAAACCCCGUAACAUCUGGCAAGACAAGAGUUUUAGGUGAGAUUGCUCUUGCAGAGUCACCAUUCUCUGAAAAAAUUCCCUCUGGUGUGUGGAAGUUGCUUUCAACUAUGAAACAAGAUGAGAUUGCAUUCAUAGUUCAAAAUGAUUACCUUCUAAUACAGCUAGCAGAGUAUCUGUCUGAGAAAUACAGAAAUAAUCAAAAAAAGCACGACUACAUCAGACAGAAGUUGAGAGAAAUGGGAAGACUGUUGUUAGCACUGCAUGACAAGUCAAUAUUCAGCUUUGAAGAUGCUGUCAAAUCCCAAAACUUCUACAAAGUUGUACAGGCGGUCAAAGACAUGACUGGUUUCGAUGAAAAAAAGAAGAGCUAUGGCAAACCAAGUCUUGCUUUGAAAUUAGGACGUUCCCUCAAAAAAAUAUGCAGCAUUGUCCUCACUGGAAGUGAUGACAGUGAGCAGAUGAGAGACAUAAAGACAUUCAUGACAUUGUGUGCAACAGAAUGGCCUGAACUUGUCUCCCAAACAGCCUUUGCUUCGAUGGGUGGACGAAAAGUUAACAGCCCGUCUACGAUACCAUUCACCCGUGAUGUGCAGGCUUUCUACGGGUAUCUAGAAACAACAUCAGCUUCUGCCAUUGAAACCAUGAAGAUGUAUGAAAGCCCACAGGUCUACAAUGCACUGUGCAGAGUGACACUUGCCCAAGCGUCAGUCUUAAACAAAGGUGCGCCUGAGGUUUCAAACAUGACACUGAAGUCAUUCCAGCAGAGGGGCGACACUACCCAAGUGCUGUCCAAGCACUUCAUCAGGAUAAAUAUUCUGAACAAGACCAGUCAAAAUGUGGCUGUUUUGUUGACAUCUGAACUUGUCACUGCAAUAACACUGCUUGUGAGCAAAAGAAUGGUAUGUGGUGUACACAACGACAAUCCUUUCCUGUUUGCAAAACCUGACGGUUCUGAUUCAAGUCUGUACCAUGGAGGGAACUGCAUUAGGACCCUUUCAAAUCUGUGUGGUGCAAAGAACCCAGAGCAUCUCAGGUCGGUGCAUCUUCGCAAGCACAUUGCAAGAGUUUUCCAGAUUCUCAACUUGGAGAACGAUGAGCUUGAUCACCUGGCUAAGCUUCUGGGCCACGACAUACGGGCUGACAGGGACUACUACCGUCUGCCAGAGGCAGCUGUGGAAAUCGCAAAAAUUUCAAAACUACUUCUGGCCAUGGAAAAGGGUUCUCUUGAAAGAUUCAAAGGAAACUCUUUGGAUGAAAUUGAGAUUGAGGACCAACUGGAGCCAGAUGUGGAGCAGGGCAACCCUAAAAACAGUGAUGUUGACGAGGACAAUGAAGAAUCUGAUGUUUUACUUCAGCAGAAUGAUAAUGUGGAGCAACAAGGCAGACAACUGACACCUGAGCAAGAUUCCCUGGGGCACAUAAAGGCCUGCAGAGACAAACCCUUCUUGGAGGAAAUGUUCAUUGACUCCUUCAAAGGAAGAGGUGUGUUCACCCAUAAACCCAUUGAACCAUCCAGCUUCGUUGUUGAGUAUAGAGGGAACAUCUUAACUCACAAAGAGACCCAGAAAACAAAAUGUGGUGAUACUUUGACCAAUUAUUUGUUUGACUUCUCGUGGAAUGGAACAAACUGGCGCAUUGAUGCAUCAGCGGAAGAUGGGAGCCUUGGUAGACUUGUGAAUGAUGAUCACAUAAGUCCCAACUGUGAAAUGAAGAAGGUUGUUUAUGAGGGGAAGCCACACCUGUGCCUGUUUGCGGUGAAAAAAAUAUUGCGUGGCGAGGAGAUAACGUACAACUACGGAGACUCCUCAUAUCCCUGGCGCUCAACAGUUGAGGGCUCAGCAGGAGCCUCUAGUCCUGCAGAAUCCUGCUCUGGUGAUGAGUUUGUCCCUGAUGAUGCACCAAGUAGCAAGAGCAACAACCAGCGGUGUCAGAGUUCUAAGAACAAUCCAGAUUUCGCAGAGUCAGAUUCUUCUAAAGAGCAGAGCUUUGUGCCACAAAGUACUGAUGAUUCAUCCGUCCAGCAGGAGGAUGAGGCUGACUGCUUCUCUGACGAUUCUGCCUCUGAUGGAGAGCCCUCCUGUACCAACAGAAAUUACUGUUAUGUUUGCGGGAAAGCUCAGUCUAGAAUUUCUCGUCACCUGAUCACCCAUAAGAAUGAGGAGGCUGAAAUCGCGGAAGUGUUUGCAUUACCUCUAAACUCCAAAGAACGUAAAAAGCUACUGGAGAAGUUACGAAACCGGGGAAAUUACAAACAUAAUCAGGAGGUUCUGAAGACUCGCUGUGGAGAGCUGAAAGUGAAACGAAAAUCAGGAUCCACCACUGCUAAAACAUUUACACUCUGUAUAUAUUGUAAAGGCAUGUAUAGUCGCAAGGUAAUGUGGCGACACAUACAGAGGUGUUCUUCAAAGAAGUUCUCAAAACCAAUAGGUGGCAACAUUAAACUCUUAAAUUUGGUUGCCACUACAGAGUUAACAGAAAUCUCCCCGGAUGUGAGGGAGAUAUUAAAAAACCUGAAGAAAGAUGAGAUUUCAUCUGUGGUUUGGAAUGACUCUUACAUCCUGCAGCUUGCACAGUGUUCCAUGGAUGGAAGGAAAACAAAAAGAGCCGAAGACAUCAAGCAGAGGCUGAGGCAAAUGGGAAGACUCCUGCUGACAUUAAGGCAAAAGUCCAUAAGUAGCUUUGAAGAUGCUAUCAAACCUGAAAACUUCAGCAAAGUUGCUGAAGCUGUCAGAGAGCUCGCUGGUUUCAAUGAAGAGACAAAGUCCUGUGACCGACCAAGUCUUCAACUGAAAUUGGAAAAUUCGCUCAAGAAGAUUGGUGAGAUUAAAUUCGCCAGGGCUGUGAAAGAGGAUGCUGCCAAAGAGACGAUGCAUGAAGCACAGACAUUUUUGAAGCUGUGUGCCAACGAAUGGAGCUCCAUCCCCCCAUCAAAAUCAAACAUAAACAGCCCAUCAACCAUACCGUUCAUAGGUGACGUGCAGCUUUUCUACCAGUGCAUGGAGAAGACAGCAGCAUCUGCGGUCAAAAGCCUGGCGAUGUAUGAAAGCUCACCGGUCUAUAAUGCACUUCUCAGAGUAACAGUUGCACAAGUGUUAAUCCUAAACAAAAAUGUGUUCGCAGUUUCAAAAAUAACACUGCAGUCAUUCAAGGAGAGGGACGAGACCGAGCUUCACGGAGACGCUGCUGCAUGCCAGUCACAGUUUGAGCAAAUUCUGUCCAAGCGCUAUGUGAAGAUCAGUGUUAUGAGCAAAAGUGGCAAAAAAGUUGGCGAGAAAAAAGUUACCGUUACGUUGACCCCUGGACUGCUCAGUGCAAUAACACUGCUCAUGAACAAAAGAGAAGCAUGUGGUGUGCAUAAAAGUAAUCCCUUCUUAUUUGCAAGACCCAUCGCCACAUGUACGAGCUUCUACCACGGGCAAACGUGCGUCAACACUUUUGCAGCUCGGUGUGGUGCAAAAAACCCAGAGAACGUCAGGUCUGUGCUUUUUCGUAAGCACGUAGUAAGAAUUUUCCAGAUUCUUAGCCUCACAAAUGACGAGCUUGGUCAGCUAGCCAAACUGCUGGGCCAUGACAUUCGGACAGACAGGGAGUAUUACCAGACGCCGGAGGCAGCUGUCGACAUUGCAAAAAUCUCAGAGCUACUCGCAGCAAUGGAGAAUGGAUCUCUUGAAAGAUUUGAAGGAAAAUCAUUUGAGGAAAUUGAGAUUGCAGAUGAAUUGCAGCUGAAUGUGGAGCAGGACGAUUCUGAAAACAGCGAGGCCGAGGACGACGAUGAAGACGCGGAAAAUUCUCUACAGCCGAGCGAUGAAAACAGGACCAACACUGCUCAGGCUAAGGCCACCACAUCCAAAGGCUCCUUUUCAUCAUCUACAAGAGUUUCUUCCUUGAGGAAAAAUGUCCGAGGCAGAGGCAGGAGGAAGAAGAAUGAAAAUGAGGAGCCUGAGCUGAACGACAAGAAAAAUCAUGAGGUGAACACAGACAGUGAUGACAGGCCUGUGAAAUGUGCUGUCAGAACACCUGAAGAAACACCAUCUCGUAGCAAUGAGGAUGCAACAAACAUUUGUUUUAGUGACGAUGAUGAGGACCUGCAUGUGGACUUUGAUAUGGACAUAGACACAGAUGAAGAUGUCAGAAAUGAGGAGGAGAACGAUGGAGAUGGUGACUCAGAAGGAUUGGCAGCAAAGCCUGUGAUGGCAGAUGUCAGAGAAACCACAAAGCAGUACAAGGACACUGGUGGCAGUAAGAAGAAACAGAGCUCACCUAACAAGCACAUCACUGACAUAGACCUUGAAGAGCCCAUGGACAUCGAUACAGAGAAUCGUGUGGAGAAAAAAGAUCAAGAGAAAGAAGGCAAACAAACUGACUGGAUGGAUGUGGACAGCCGGAGGUCCUCUGCAGCUUUAAACACAGAAAAAAAGAACAAAUUAUUGGCUGCAUUGGCUGGGAUGAGAGAGGUGAAGGUAUCAAUCCCAAAACUGGACAUUGAGAAUUGGAAGUCUUCAUUCCACAUUUCCCAGUUUCCCCGCAACCAUUGUGAAACGUCUUCUACAUCCACAGAUGUCAAAAACAAGCCCAGCUACGAAAAGGACGCCAUACACAUGACAUGCUCCCACUGCAGAAAGAGCAUGAUGAAGGGACAAACUGCUUACCAGAAGAAGGGAUUCACAGAUGUUUUCUGCUCAAAAAACUGCCUUUUCGAAAUGUUCCCCAUCAACAAACCAGGCACCAAGACGUGUCAUUAUUGUCACAAGGCAAUAACACCUCUGGACCUCAUCAUGGCUGUAGUGGACAUUAAAGGAACUAUGAAGGACUUCUGCAGUCUCACUUGCCUGUCCGUUUUCAAGUCCAACAGUGCGUCCACCCAAAUGCCACAGUCACACUGCAGUAUGUGCAACAAAGCCUGCACUACAACGUGUGAGUUGAUCCUGAACGAGGCUGUCCACAAGUUUUGCAGCGACUCCUGUUUGGAAGGUUUCCGCAGAGACAACAUGCCCAUCUGUGAGGACUGCAGCUCCCCCUGCCUUAACCAACCGCUCAUGUUGAACCUGGAGGAGGAAACAAGAACCAUCUGCAGUGAGGAAUGUCUGCAAAACGUCAAAGAGAAAAUCAAGACACCCCUCCAAUGCACGAUGUGCCACACCUCACAGCCGACGUCGGAUAUGGUUCACUACAAAAGCAGCGAGGGCGUGGUGGAGCUCUUCUGCACUCGCGCCUGUGUGACGUCAUACAAGCUACAGCCUGCAGUUAUAUACAAGCUUCAAGGAAAGAAAGGCUCAGCUCGGUUGAAAAAGAAAAAAGGCAAACAGUCGAAACAAAAAUCAAAUACUGAGGAUGUAGCGGUCGGUUCGGACUCAGCCGUAAAUGAAAAUGAUGCCUGUCAAGCUGCUGAAUCAGACUCUACACCAAUGCUCAUCAUUGCAGACUCGUGCGUUGUCUGUUGCAACUGUGGAAAGAAGCUGCAGAGAGGACAGACCCUUUACCAGCCGAAGAGCUCGCUGGAGGUUUUCUGUUCCGCCUCUUGCCUCUCUGAACGGCAUCCCCACAUCAAAGUGGUCCCCAAACACUGCUACAACUGCUUUCAGGUGAUAUUGCGGCCUCACAACAUCAUCCUGGCUCCGGUGGAUGAUUCAGGAACUAUGAAGGAAUUGUGCAGUGAGACCUGCCUCUCCUCUGUCCAAUCCAAGAGGAACAUGGCUGCCCAGAAACCCCUACCGCCAGUAAGACCCCGCUCAGAGUGCAGGAUGUGCGCCAGAUAUUGUUAUUGCAAAUUCAGGCUGACCCUGGACGGCAUCGUCCACAGGCUUUGCAGCGACACCUGCUUCGCCUCCUACCGCAGAAUCAACAACCUGUCUGUGUCUGUGUGUGACGUCUGCUGCUCCGUCUGCCUCGGCACACAGUUCGUGCUGAAGACAGAGGACAACAGCAAAAACAUCUGCAGUGAAGAAUGUCUGGUCAAGUUCAAAGAGCGAGUCAAGACUCCUCAGCUGUGCCCCAUGUGCCAGACCUCACAUCAGGUAUCAGACAUGGUUGAAAAUAAAAACGAGGAGGGCAGGUUGGACUUCUUCUGCAGCAACAGGUGUAUGAUGGUGCACAAGGCGCAGUCUUUCACUGUGUCAGAAAGGAACAACCCUUCAUCUGAAGAGAACGAUAUUAAAGAUGUGAAGCCGUCGCUACCAAAUUUGGACUUUAUAAAAGAAGAGCCCAUCGAUGAGGAGUACAACCAGAAUCUCCCUCCCUCCAUAUCUGCAGAAGACAUCAAGGACGAGCCAAAUGUCGCAAAGCCAGCAGAAGACUUGAAGAUUGGUUCUGUCUUCUCCUUGACGGGAGACUCAAAGUCGACGGCGCCCACUCUCACCCACAUGGAUUUGCCUGCGUCUUGCUCCAACUGCAAAAAAGUCCUGAUGGAUGGAGAGACAGUUUACCAGAGGAAAAGCCACCCAGAUAUCUUCUGUUCCACUUCCUGCCUCCUAAAGUUUUACCAAAUGAAACCAGUUCAGAAGACCUGCCACUUUUGUCUUCAGGUGAUAACACAGUCUCAAAAUGUCCUUCAGGCCGAGGCAGAGACUGAAGGGACAAAGAAAGACUUCUGCAGCCAGACCUGCCUGUCCUCCUUCAACUACAAGAAAAUCGUGUCCACCAAAAUGCCCAUCGUGCCAGUGGCAUCACAUUCACAGUGCAGCAUGUGCAGCAGAUACUGCAUUAGCAAACAUGAGAUCGUACAACAAGAGGUCAUCCACAAGAUCUGCAGUGAGCCCUGCUUUCUCCGUUUUUGCAACAUGAACAGUCUGUCCAUCUGCGAAAACUGUCACUCCCACUGCAGCACAGCGAUCGUGCUCAAGGUGGAAGAUGGGGACAAAAAACUGUGCAGUACAAAGUGUUUGGCUCAGUUCAAAAAGAAAAUCCGAACGCUGCAGCCAUGUGCCAUGUGCCGCACUUCUACUCUGAUAUCAGACAUGGUUGAAAACAAAAACAGUGAGGACAUGGUGGAGCUCUUCUGUACCAGCAGUUGUGUGAUGGCAUCAAAGAUCCAGGCUGUCAGUGCAUCAGGUACCCCACUGAACUGUGAUAACUGUGGAAAGACCACAGUGCCAGCCUGCCACCUUGCCAUGUCAGAUGCCUCCAUCAGAAACUUCUGCACUCUAACCUGUGCCAUGGCUUUUAAGGAGACACAGAACGACAUGGCCGCUGCCUCUAACCUGACAGGAGCCUCUGACCAAACCCAGUGUGAUUUCCUCAAACCACCAGAGAAACUGCCGUGUGCCCAGUGUCGACGCAUUAUAAAAACUACACCCAAAGUUAUCCAGAAAAAGAGCAAAAUGAAUUUCGUGUGUAGCCUGGCCUGUUCUCAAGAGUUUAAGAGAGUCAACAACAUCAUGGGCGUGUGUGAAUUCUGUAAGAAUGAACGGAUCAUCAGAGACGCCAAGAGGGUCAACGACAGAGACUGCUACUUCUGCAGCGACGGGUGCAAGAUGCUCUUUCGUCACGACCUGGAGCAGGAGUGGGGGAAACACUGUAGCUCGUGCGCUUACUGCCACUCCAUCUCCAGCACGCUGGUGACGGCAAAGUAUGAAGGAAAUGACAUGGAGUUCUGCUCUGAAGACUGCAGCUCAAAGUACAAAAUGCUCUUCUGCCGCGUUGCAAAGUGUGACACCUGCAGUCGUAAAGGGAAACUGAGGCAGAGUCUCCCGAUGCUAGGGGAGGUCAAACACUUCUGUGACCUGAAAUGUCUCUUACAUUUCUGUAAUAAGAAGGUGCAGAUGGUGAACACUGUCUCUUCGCCUCCUGGAUCUUCAGGUACCGCAGAGUCCUCCCCUGUCAUCGCUAACGUCAUCUCACUUGCCAGUGCUCUGGCUAGGCAGACCAGUGCUUCUUCCAGCACCGCACAACAUGGCUCUGUUCCUGACAUUCAGACUAAGGUCAUUGGACAUGCCAGUAUUCAAACAGUCCCCAAGGAACUGAGGAACAAGUCCAUGCUCUGCACACCGUUGGUCCACAACAAAGGAGUCUCCUGUACACCACAGACUGUCGACACAGAGGCACAAACAGACAACUUUGUACCCCAGGUCAUAACGCUGCCUGUCCCAGUGCCCGUGUAUGUUCCUCUGCCUAUGAACAUGUACAGCCAGUGCACACCAAAGCCUGUGGCACUGCCGUUACCGCUGCCUGUGCCCAUGUUCCUCCCUGUGACGUCGGGUGGAUCGGAACCAACAGCGAAAGCCACGAAGGAGAGGCUCCAGUCUGAACCCCCCAAGGGAUUCAGCUUCAGGUCUGAGGAGAUGAAGCAGGAUGAAAGCAACAAGGGAGCGGGCGAGCAGAAGGCCAGAGAGGAGACCAAAGAAGGAGGGAGACAAGAAACUCAGGCCCUUAAGGACCACACCAGCAGCUGCAGGCAUGACGUGUAUAAAGAAGACCUGGGUACUUUCAGCCGCCAGGACGACCCCUUCACCGACGCCAGCCUCGGGUCACCCGCUCGACCACACACUCCAUCUCCUUCUCCUGCUCUGCGGAUGAGAGAGGAUCAGCAGUGCUCACCGAGCCCUGCACCCGCUCCUCCGCUGUUACAGGAAACUCUGGGCAAAGUCCACAACAAGAAAAAGGGUUCCAAGUUCCAGCAGUUGUCUAAGGCAGCUGAAGAGGAGACGUCCCAAAGAGACUUUUCUAAGGUCAUGUCCAGGAAACACUACAAACUGAAGAGUCAGUGUGGGAUUGAUGCCUGGAAGAGAUGGAUUCAGUGGAGGGAAUCACCGACCAACCUGGACACUGCUUCUUCACACGCUGCAGAGUUAAAGGAGGAUAUUCUUCAUUUAUCUGCGGCUGAACUGAGCGACGGCCUCUGUCGCUUCAUCAGUGAGGUGAAGCGACCUGAUGGAGAGCCGUACUCCCCUGACAGCCUGUUCUACCUGUGCCUCAGCAUACAGCAGUACCUGUUUGAGAAUGGUCGUAUGGAGAACAUAUUCAGUGAUCUGACCUACAACAAGUUCUCCGCAGAGUUCACCAAGAUCCUCGGACAUUUCAAACCGUCAGUCACAGCCCGUGGUCGCAUCCAUUCCCGUGUGGAGGAGGAGUUUCUCUGGGACUGUAAACAGUUAGGGGCGUACUCCCCCAUCGUCCUCCUCAACACUCUGCUCUUCUUCUGCUGCAAAUACUUCGGCUUCACCACGGUGGAGCAGCACCGUCAGCUGUCCUUCGCCAAGAUCACGCGCGGUGCUAGAACCAACCGGAACAACACCAAGACCAGUUUCCUGCGCUUCUGUCUGCCCGUAUCCACAAACGAGGCAGAAUCAUGUACCGUAAUAUCUGAAGAUACAGACGGAGUUCCUGCUAAAAAACGCAGGAAAAAAGAGAAUGAAGAGGAGAUCCUGGAGAUGAAGGAGAACACAGAGAACCCUCUACGCUGCCCAGUCAGACUCUACGAGUUCUACCUCUCCAAGUGCUCGGAGUCAGUGAGGCAGCGCCGCGACUUGUUUUACCUUCAACCAGAGCGCUGCUGUGUUCCCAGCAGCCCUCUGUGGUUCUCCUCCACCCCUCUGGGUGACAGCACCAUGGAGGCCAUGCUCAUUCGAAUGCUCACCGUCCGAGAGCUGCAGGGGGAAGACAGACGAGGUAUGGACCAACAGACAACAGACGACCCAACAUUUACACCUGACGAGGUGGAUUCAGAAUGAUGAAGGCAGCUAUAAGAUCUUUUCUGUUGUUAUGUUGUUGUUUUUCGAAGGUCUGUGUUUCAAGCAGAACAUUAAGUUGAGUUUAAAAGUUUGUAAAUUAUGUAAAAACUAAAGAGAAUCACAUUCCUCUUUCAUCCAGUCAUCAGCAGAUUAUGAUGAAACCAUGAUGAAAGUUACAUUUUUUCCAAACUCUGGAGGUUCACAUCCGUGUUCCGUGAUUUCUUCAGUCUCUAUGCAACAAAUAAAUAAAGUGAUGUUUUUCAAAAUUUACAGCCAGUUUUUGUUUCACAACAUUUUGGAUUUCCCUUUUUGGUCUUGAACUGCUGCCAUCGCACACUUCAGCUGAUGUUUCAGGGCCUGGUUUCACAAAGAAGUCUGUGAGAUGCAACAGAUUUUACAGCAGGAGCAUCGUCCACUCGUCCUCUGUCUGUCUGCUCAGUGUGAUACAAACACUGAUAGUUCAGCACAGAAUGAGGCUUCAAAUCUGUCAAACACCAAUGGGACGUUGGUGUUUGACAGAUUACAACAGACGUCUUUAAAUGUUUAAAACAAAGUGAGAACACAACAAACAAGAAAAUUAGUUUAUGGUUGAAAGUCGGUUAUAAAACAUUUGGUGACCCAAGCUGCUGUAGCACAACUUCAGAAGAUUAUUAACAAGCUGAAUGAUUCUGUACAGUCAGUGUUUGUUCUCACGGUGUGUCAUCUGUUACAUCUGAUUGUUUCCUGAAUUGAUAAACAUCACUUUGCAGUAAUUUCAGUGGUUGAUUAUAAUCAGCUGAGCCGUGUUUGAAGCCGCUGUUUAAAUAUGUAACUUGCACGUUUGAUGUGGAAACCUGAAGCCUCCAGUUCACAAACACUGAGAACAGACUUUACAGUGAAGUAGGAAACGUCUUGUUUCCAGCA